UCUUCCCUUUUCUUCUUUGACCUGCAGGUGAGGCAGUUUCUAGAUUCACUAGGCAUCGUCAUCGGAGGGAAGCCACCAUAGAAGAUGUCCAAUGGGAUGCUAUCAACUACACAUUCUACGCAAAUCAAGAUGUAUUUUUAUUAAAAGACAACAGAAUUGCCAAUAUACAGAGUCAAUCUAUCAACAACCACACCCAGUGGGACAGUUUGUUUGCAGAACAGGUCAUAGGGACACCUAAUGCCCAAAGAACAUUGUUCAAGGCUGGUAGCGGUCCAUUUUGGGUCCAGGAAGAACUCUUCCCAACCUUACCGGAGCCAUUCAAUGAGUUGAAUAUUCAGGCACAUCUUCUACAGGAAGAAAUUCCCCCUUUUGCAGGUAGCAUUAGUGUCUUAUUUAGCUCAAGAAAUGACAAUUUAUUUAGCAGUGGGAGUAGGACAAAUAUAGGAAACUCAAGAACUGUUCAACCUUGCUUUCGAGCUGCUGCACUCUUUGGUGAUGAAGAAUCGUCAAGUUCUUGCACUCUACAGGAAGAAUCAGAACAUUGUGUCGCAAAGGUGCCAAUCCCCAUAUCAUGGUACAAACUCAGCCGGGCUGGUUCCAUCAACAACAUUGCAGUAUCGUACACAAUAUUCCCAGCUACGAGCAUGGGAUCUUGCGAACCUCACUAUGAUAACUCCAUCUCCUCAAGAGAACAAACUGCAAAGGCAGCCAAGCCAGCCUCUCUAGGUGACUCCAAGCAUAUUGGCAUAGUGACCAUUUUGGCAUGGGAUGGUCAGAUGGAUUUCAUAGAAGAGGAUGAAUAUGUAGGUCUCCGUGUCCCAAGCAGAAGACUUGGAAUUGGUGAGCACUUCGUCAUCCCAAUCACCAUCAACAAGAACAUCAUGUACACUGCUGGAGUAUGUACCAUCAAAGCUAAAGCGAGAGAGGGAAUUGCUGCGGUAUCAGUGAGGUCUACCGAUGGCGAAGAUUGGAAUACACUGUCUAUGGUCAAGCAGAAAUCCUUUGCAAUGGUAACAGCAGAGGGAAUGAGAUCUGCUUCGGACACUCUCACCACUGAAAGCCCGGAGGAGAAUCCUCUAGUGUUUGUAAUGGAAUUUGAAGUGCUGAACGACACAGCCACGCACCGUGUCAUCAACUGGAGAGUGGAUUGCAAUCUCCGUGGUGAUGCCAGGGCUUCCCGCUUCAGCACAAGCAUCACCGUUGUCUCUGAUAACUGGAUACAAGCUAUAGUGCCUAUACCACAGGGGCAGAGUAUUAUAAACACUGCUCUGCUCACAGGUCAAGAGGUGACUGUGACCCUUGACAUCAAGGUCGUGACCUUUCUGGGUCAUGUCAUGGAUGCUGCAGGCCAUGCCAGAUGUCGAAGUGCAGAUACAGAUAUUUUGAAGGUCCGCCGUAGCUGUGCUAACGUGUAUGUAGAUGGGACAGAGACUUCUGGUUCACAGAGCACGAGUGUGCAGGUGAGCUUGCAGGGUCAUCAAGCAACCAUCAUCUUCAGCGUCUGGGUACCAGAACUGCCUCUGAGAUUGGAUAUCUCUGACAGUAAGCUUAGUACUAUCCGAGGAUGGAAAGUUGCAGGAGGGAGGCAGGAUGGAGGAAUUCUAGAACCAGAGAAGAUGUUGAAUGGAGAUGGGGAGACAAGUAAAAAGAAUACAUGCCACCUCAGAUACCAACAAGCCAAGAUUACUGUCUAUACAAGGUUUUAUGCACCCAAUGCAAACUCUGUAUCCCGACCUGAUGGAAAGAGGAUUUACCUAUUUGGAGAGGAUAUGGAACAGUCCAUUACUCAUCUUGUGAAGAAUCAAAUCAAGGUUGCGGAUCGUUCCAUUGCCAGAAUAGAGGGAACAAAGAUCAUUGCCAAGUCUCCUGGAAACACACAAAUUGAGGUAAUGAACCCAAGAACAAAAGAGAUCCUAGGUGAAUCUCCCCUGAUGGUGGCAGCAGACAAGGUCAAUAUCGCAAACAUGAGGGUCACCUUGGUAUCUGGUAUGACCCUUGAUGUACAUGAUGUAAUAGGUCAAGGGUCAAAAGUCAAAAUGGCUAGCAUCACUGCAUUGAAUGACCUCUUUGUUGAACAUCAGGAAGCUGUCUUGGAUACAGUUAUGAUAUUUGAUGACGGAACAAACCUGGCACUUCAGGAUGUUGAUGUUAAUGAUUACACUGUUGCUAUAACAACCCUGGAUCCACAUAUCAUCCUGGAAAGUCCAGAUUCCAUGCAGGCAUAUCCUGGUUUAAUCGCCAUGGGAGAGGGUAGCACAUCUAUCAUGUUAGAGAUUUCUCUACCAAAACCAUGCAUGAAGCGUCGUCGUAGCAAUGCUAUCGUCUAUGACCUGAUCCCUGUCAAUGUGACCUUCAAUAAUCCCAAGUACUCGGGCCUGAUUAAUAAUGAUGCUACCUCUUUACCAUCUGGCACAAACAGCUUGUGGAGGAGUCUAACCAGAGUGCCAGGAAUGGUGGAUUAUGGGAUUGUGAGGGUGAACUUUGACCUUGUGGAUACUGGAAAGAAAGAUUCAAGUGUUAUUUCUUCAAUUCCGCUGGACGUUGACUUCAGUAACAUAUAUCCCAUGGGACCGGGUGCACACCGAAAUGAUGAGACAGAAUCCUCGACGGUAGCUCCUUUUGAUGGGGAAAGUAAUGGAUCAAGCAGUGAUGAUGAUCCACUGUCAGGCAUUGAAAUUGGGAUGUAUGUCCUGCUUAGUGUUUUCAGCUUAGCCAUUCUAGCCUUCAUGGUGAACUGUGUGAUGUUCAUGGCAAAGUACCGAAGGGCCAAGAGGAUUCCAAAGACACACCAGUCAGUCCCUUACCCUCAGAACUGGGUCAUGUUUGGCAUGCAAGAAGAACAUCCACGCUACCACAUGGACCCUGCUGAGAACAUCCCUCUAAGACACAAGGAUGAAGAGGAAGGGAGUAGCCGUGAUGAAGCUAUUGGCACAGAAAGUGAGGUCAGCAUUGAAAGACACAGCUCGGAGGAGGGUCGAAGAAUAUGUAGCCAUGGUAUUGAGGAGACAUCGUUAAUGCAAGUCCCUCAAGAGCAUCGCGCCAGCAAUGAGUCGCAGGAUGUCGAUUGUGGUGUGGUGAUGGAUGGUGAUGAUAAUGAGGAUGGGUCAUUAGAGGGACUCGAAGAGCCAUCGCAACAUGCAGAGGAGUCAUCUUCAACUAGUAGUGAAAAUAAAAAUGCAAGCAGUGAUACAAAUCUGGUCACUGAAAAAGUUCAAGACAAUGAUGUAGAAUCAAUACCAGAGGACACAUCACCAUCAUUAAACACCAACCAGUCUAACAGUUCUUGUGAUGUUAGACUAACUCUGAAUCCAUCAGAUGACAGCAUGCAGCUGAAAUCAGGACUUGAAGGAAUGGAGUUCAGUCAAAUCUUGAACUAUCUUGAUAAUUUGAAAGAGAGUUGCACGUAGCAGCUGUGUAUGUGGUAAUGCCCACAUAACUACAUAUGUUGAUGUCCUCAUACAACCUUGUCAUUUAUGUUAAUUAUGAAAGCAAGAAAUGUUUGAAAAGCACAACUCAUUAGAUGAGACUUCAUUAAAGUUAUGAAUAUAGUACACUGCUUUUUGUAGAAGUCACCACUGGAUAUGUUAUUUUUGGUUUCAUAGUAAUGAAACUCACAAAGUCAGUAAUGAAUUGAUCUAAAUUGCAUUGAAUGUGGAAAAUAUUUCAUGUCUCUUCCCUUUACAGAAUAGAUGGCCAUUAGAUUAAAAUUGCAUUUCCUGCCAAAAGCAUUAAUUAUAUACAACUUAGUAUUUUUUAAAACAAUUUUUUUUUAAACGAAAUAACCUUGCCAAAAAAAUUCAUUCACAUGAAAAUGUAUGUAAAUGAGUUAUGAAUUAUGUAACAUAAGAAGAAAAGCCCAAAAGAGAAAGAUUUAAAACAAAUAAAUUUGUAUAUCAAUGCAGUGAAAUAUUGAUAAAAUACUCAAAGAGAUGGGACAAGAUGUUUGUCCAAGGUGAGUAGCACUAGUCCAAUAACUCAUAAAUAUUUCAAGUUACUCACUUACUGGUAGGCUUUGUUCCUUGUAUGCACAAAACAUUGUUGUACCUAAAGAUAAAAUUUAGGGUAUUAAUAU